CGUUGAGGUCACGGAAGUAGGGACUUUCUAUGAUGAAAUGGUUCGUAAUUCAAAGAAAAUUCGGAUUUUUCAGUUUCUCAACCUAUAAAUAAUGUCUGGAAAGAAAAAAAUUACAUCAAAAGGCUACACGAAUCCACUUAGAAGACCUGGCGAGAAGCGGGAAGACUUGAACACACAGGAGCGCGAGAAGAAAACCCCUUCCCCUUCAACUGAAACUGAUAGAGGUGACAUUUUGUAGUCGUUAUAGCUUAAUAGAAAUUAUAUCUCCCUUGGCUUUCCUAUUCGUUGUUUUUAUCUUAAAGUGAACCAAAAUCUCUAAAAAAUUGUGCGUGUGAAUCGGUACAAUCACAUCAGCUCAAAACCCGGGAAAAUGUCAAUGCACGCAUACACUAUUCAUGUAGCUGCAAUCGAAAGCCCGAAGCCUCGGCAACCCAUUUUAAUAUUUAUGUGUUUAUUUAUAGCUUAAAAAGCUAUCCAUUUUCUGUAUGCAAAUAACCCCUGUAAUCAGUCAUUUGUAUUAGUAUGGUUCGGACUGGAACUUAAAACGACUACUUACUUUCCAGGAGGGUGUAUUAUAAUGUUCACGAGAUAAUAAGAUUCGGAAAGACUUCCGUUUAACUUCAAAAUCAUCUAAAACAAAAUCAGAGUCCCAGAGGUAAUCUUUAUCCAAGAACAGUGUUAUGUAUAAUGAGGUAUUGGGCUCUGGGGAAAUCUUGCCUCACAUUAAGUUAGAACAGGUAAACUUUUAACUAUUAGUUCUUAACUGAGUUGUACUGCCUAGUAGAGAGGGCUUCUUCUGAGAGUUACAUAUCAUUUAAAGGAAUCCAAACACAUUCCAAAAAUACCAUCAGUCAAUCCAAACAAUACUUUUUAAUAUAAUUUGGAUUAUCAUGGGAGUUGUUGAUGAGAAUUGGCUAUAGUGAUCUCUUUUACAGUGGCUGAUUUACAUUAUCACACUCAGUUGAUAAAAUCAAAUCAUCUGGUGACACCCACUCUGGCCCAAUGCAGUACCACAUUUACCCUCCCCUCCAUAUUAUACUUGAUCUUGAUUUUAUGAAAAAACUGCAAUGUGUCAUAUUGCUGAAAACUAGGUGUUUAAAAAUACAGUUACUUUUCGGUACCAGAUGGGUGGCAUUGAUCAAAUGAUGAUAAUUGUGAGGAACAGCUCCCCUCCACUGAUUUUCGGCCUUAUGUUGGCCAACAGUUGUCUGACAGUUGGCCGACACUAAAAGGACACGUUUAGUCUUUUUGCGGGUUGCAUGCUUUGUACUUUCCCUUUUAUAGAAAGCUUUUGUAUUUCUAAGUUAAUACAAAGUAAAUGAUGUGUGUGCAAUUCUUGUUGAUUUUGUCUUCUUAAUUUAUGCAAUCACAUUAUGAUUUGAACUUGCCCGUACUGCAUCAUGUUGCAUAUGUUGCUUAAAACUGAAUUAUCUUGAGUUUUCUUUAGGGACUUCUUUCUGCAAUUGUGUUAAAUUCAAUGACUCUUAAUCAAAAUGAAAUGAAUGACAAAAUAUAUGUUGGUAAUAGCUUUCAUUACAUUUUAAGUGGGCUGGGUUGAGGGGGUAGAAUUCUGCUAUGUCAGCUAGCAUGUUCCUGAAGUAGUCACCCUGGUAGACUUUUUGGCACUUGAACUUGUUAAGGUAGGACAGAAGUUUGCCUUUGGAGGUUCCAAUCAUCACCUUCAACUUUCUGGAGGAGCUGGCCAAUCUGGUCAGAACAAAGUCAGAGGCCAUCAAGACUCUACAAACCAAGUUGGUGGAUACCAAGUAGACCAUUGCCAUGCUCAAGGCUGAGGUUCGGACUCUGCACCAACGCACAGCUGACAAACCUCAGCAGCAGCAACCAUGACAGAAAGAUGUUACUUGCACCAGCACCCACAGUCUGGCCAUAAUCCAUUCAAGAUAGCAGAGGGUGCGACAGAUCCUUAAGGACAACAACUGUAGCAUAAUGAAUGUGUUUUGCCUGGCUGGUUGCCCCUGCAGCACUCUCCAAGAUUUUGUUGCCUUUGCUGAAUUAAGAACUGUCGAUGAGAGACAUGGACAGGGGGUCUGCUAAGGAACUUGAAGCAGUCUGCAAGAGAAGACUUUGGCAACACCUGCCAUUGAUGGCUAACAUGCAGUGAGAGGGACAGCUAUUGCUGCUCGAAUUCUAUGAUCGCAUUUACAAGUAAAGCUUCCUCUCCUUUUACACAAACGGCUCCCUGAGGAGCUACCAUGUUAUAACAAGGUGAAGCUGCCUACAGUAUGAACUAAUUUACUUGAGAACCAUAUGAAAUUCAGAAUGGGAUUGGGAAAAAGUUAAAUAUCCAAAAUGGAAAACAGGCCAGGAAUUAAAGUGAGUGUUGGAAGAGAAAUUGCCAAGAAAUUGUGCUCAACUAACACAAAAGAGCUAUUAGUGUUAAGACUAUUAAGAGUUUCAUUUUAUCUUUUCAAUGCAAUCAUCAGGGGUUGCAAAUCAUAAACUUUUUAAAGCAAUUAUUGUCCUAAAGUUACCUACAUUCUACCAAAAGGGUACCAACACCUUACUGAAAGAUUAUUGACAUUCAACAGACAGUCCGUCAACUGUUGGCCAUCAGAUGUCCUGCAUGCAGUUAUCUUUUCAGCAAAACCUAAUAAUAGAUACCCUAGUAAGCUGUUAGCUGACAGUUGCCCAACUGUCAGCCAACAGAUUACCGACAGUUGGCUGGCUGUCAGCUUAUUGUUGGCCAAGAGUUGGCUGCCUGUCAGUGGAGGGGAGCUGUUCUUCACAAUUACCUCAAAUGAUACUGGUCAUUUGUGACUGAGUAAACUCAGUGAAUUUUGUUUGUAUUUUAACGUCAAAGGUGCUUCUCUUGGGGUGGUGCAAGUGCUUAGUAAUGAGAAGGAUGCAAAGGACAAUACUUGUCUCGUAAGCCAAGAAACUAAUGAGAAACCUGUGGAAGAUGUUUCUCCCAUUCCUGUGCCAAUAGAUGCUGGAAAAGAUCAAUACCAUGCCAAUACUAAGUUAUUAGGUAGUCAGGAAUCUGAGGAGAUACCUGCAUGUAAAGCAGAAAAAGUGGAAAAACCACUGGAUGAGAAAGAAGAAGAAACAAAAUUGCCACAAGAGAGUGAUGUUCAUUCUAAUGCAACAAAAGAAACGGCCAAAACUAAUAAAAACAUCAAGGAGGGUGAUCAGAAAGAGCAUACUGCUAUGAAUCACAAUGAAACAUCACUAACAGAAGCCACAAGCAAAAUUUCAAACCUAUCACCAUUUGCAAGAGAAUUUGUCCCUAAGGCUUCCUUUAAUCUGGCAUCUGUGGCCAAAGCCCCUGAAUUUGAGCCUGCAUCAGUUCCACCACAAUUUAGAAGAGCACCACUAUUGCAAAAGAUGCACGACACACCAGGAAAUGAACUGAUGAACUGUGUUAAAGAUGUCCUUUUUAGACUGACUCAGAGACCUGGUGAGUCAGGUCAUUAUUUUGAUACUUUGGUUCUUCAGAUAAGGAAACAUUUGGGUUCCCUGAACUCUUUCAGCGAGGUGGUAGAGCUCAUCUUUGAAUACGUGAGUACCAUUUUUUUUUUUGGAGAUAUUUAACCCUUCAACCCCUAAGAGUGACUGGCAUCUAAUUUCUCCUUACAAUAUCACCCUUGAAUCAAACAUAUAAGGUCACAAGAAUAAAGGAACUGAUCACCAACCAAAGAAGCUCAUUUUUGGCCCCUGAGAAAAUGUUAGGAGAACAGUUUGGAGAAUAUCAAUAUGCCUUGAUGUUAGGGUAUAAAUUAGGGUUAAUUUGCCAUAGUCACAUUUUAAAGGGUAACCCUUAUGGAAACAUAAAGGACAAAUACUUAUUAUGACAAGUUAUAAUACCUGUACAUAAUUGUCUUUGUAGUAUCAGAUUUCCAGAAGGUUAAAUUUUGCUGACAAGUUGAAAACAUGAUUAGUCAUAACUUGAAUAGUAUUACCUUUGUUAUGAGUUAUAAGAUGGAUGUAUUCCAUUUUUUUCAGUCAAUAACACAGCCUAACUUCCACUACAUUGCAGCAAAACUUUGCAACAUGUUAUCCAAGGAGGAUACCAUUAUCCUGGAAAGUGGUGAAAAUUUCAGGAGUGUUUUUAUGAAUAGGUACAUGAAAUUCAAAAUUCCAUUUAUGAUGUACAAGUUUUGUUAUUCUUUCAAAUUCUUUGGUUGGCAGGGUUUAUUAGGUAUCUUGCAUGUGUUGGUGACCAGAAUUCUAAAGACAUGGAUGGUUAAAGAGUGAUAUUUAACAUUAACACUUGUCCUACUUUAUAUAUUUCAGUUCUUUAUAUAAUUUCAGAUGUAGGGAUGAACAUAAAAACAGAGAGGAAGCUCUGAAAAAUCCACAGACUUUGACACAAUUGCUUGGAUUUGCAAUUUUUGAGGCUGAGCUCUUUUGCAACUACAGGGUUAGGGGAUAAUUUACUUGCUUUAAAGUAUGUGACCAUUUUUAACGGAAAAAUGUUUAAGCUGUUGUUACAUGUACAUGUAUCUGUUAUAUACAUGUGCUGUGUAGUUAACAAACAGAUUCCCUGUUGCUAUGCAUCUGUUCAGUAAUGAAUCACAGAUGAUGUCAAGAUGUGGUAAGACCAGAAUUGGCACACAAGGUGCAGCUUGGUGUAUCUAAUAUUCUUACCAAAUUUUAAUGUCUUCUGUGGUCUAUUGCUGAACAGACCCACAGCAACAUGGAAUCCAAUUGGUUUUUCUUAUACAAUAAAGAAGUAAAGCAUUAUUAAUGGCAAUGCCACCUAUGCAUCUGAUAGACCUCUAUCAGACCUCUAAUAGAUUGUCAGUAAGAACCAAUCAAAAUGGUUGUGUAACUCAGCUUAUUACAUAAAUGUCCUUAGAUUGUGAUGUUCAUAGCUUGUUGUUGUUUUUUUUUCACUUUCACAGCCCUCAGGUGAACUCUUGAAGGAACUUUACAGAGGACUAUUAGAAAUGUUGUCCACCCUUUUGCAAAACCAUACAGAGGAAUGCCUCGUAUGCAUUUGCAAAAUAUUGAAGGUAUUGAAACCAUUGUAUACAAUCAAAGCUGAUUUGACAGAUACAUGAUGUUUACACUAAUUUAUAGUUGAACAGGCAUAAUUGUCACCACUUUGAUAGAGUAUCCUUUUUAAACUCCUUAACAAACUCCACAUUUGCUCUUUCACAUACAAGUUAGUGGCCAGCUUCAUGUAUAAAUCAAGCAUCAUACAAUGUAGGUUCAACCCAGUACCACUGUUGAAUGAAGGGUGAAUAAAGCUAUGCUGCAGGUGAAAGUUUGUUUUGAGUACACUUACAAGUACAUGCAAGGUUGCAAUUUAUAGACCACAUCACUCAUCCUUUGAACAAGCUGGUUUUGUCAGGAGCACCCACAUGAACAAUUUUUAGGCUUGUGUCACUUUAUGUUUGCUUAAUCACCAAUAUGGUGGUGAUGAUGUGUUUUUUUGUUUACAUUUGCUGUUGGUGUAUCCAGAUGACAGGUUAUCUUCUAGAUGACUCCAGAAUUAUGGAAACUGAUAGUGAAAAAAAGCAGAAAGUUGAUAAAGUUUUCUCUGAUGUUGAACAGCUUCUGAAAGAAUCCACACUGUCAGAAAGGUAGAUGAAGUAAUAAUAUUACAUUAACAAGCCAUUUUUUCAGGACAGUUACUCUGUAGUUUUUAAUAAGCCAUCCUAUGACGAAGUUUAAUGGACAAAAUUUCUCUUUACAUUAUCAAUACAGUAUCAAGCAGACAACAGCUGAGUAUAAAGAAAAUAUCAAUGGGGGACUGUGAAGUAACAUCAUAAGAAUUGUAUGGGAGGCAGUAAGGAGAAUUACCAGUGAGAUCUUGGGAGUGAAAGGGUUAAACAUAUCAAUUAAAAAAAGAACCCUAUAUCUUGACUGCAGAUCAAAGAGGUUUCUUUCUCAAGUAAGAAAGCUACGAGCAUCCAGUUGGUCCUCUUGUCCAGCUGUAGGAGCUAGUGGAACAUCAUUUUACUUCCCUUCUGAUGAUGAAUGCUCUUUCUCUCAUUAUGGUCUUGGCCUGGUAGGUUACUUUUCCUUGGUAAAAUAACAUGCAUAACAUACUAUACACUGUUUGUCAUUGCAGUUCAUAUAGUAAUGAAAUGAAGACAAGUACAGUUGUAAUGCAACUCAUGGACCAGCUAUUGUUGUAGACUACGAUCGGUCCAUCCUUUCUGGCAAAGUCAGUUGUAUGAGUUAAAGAAAAAAAUCAGGGAAAAAAUUUGCUGUUAGCACAUCUUGCAGACCUCUGGGACUAUGGUUCAUGAAAGGUAGCUACUUUUCUUGCACCUCACACCCAGAGUUCUUUGCUGUGUACUAUUUCAUACAUAUAUACCUUACACCCAGAGUUCCUUGCUGUGUGCUCAUAUAUAUAUAUAUAUAUAUAUAUAUAUAUAUAUAUAUAUAUAUAUAUAUAUAUAUAUAUAUAUAAAUGAAUGUGAGGGUAGAGUCUACCUUGGCAUAAAGUGCUCAAUGCUGUGGUAGCAGAGCUAAGUAUACAUAAGUUAAAGAAUUUAAGAGGAUGCAUCAAUUCUCUGUGACUCUGAGUUUUGUGCCUAAGCGCUUGUCAGACAGAACUCAGUCUGACGAGUGCUUAGGCGCGAAACUCAGAGUCACAGAGAAUCGAUGCGUCCUCUUUAAUUCUUUAACUUAUAUAUAUAUAUAUACAUAUAUACACCACCCCAUUUCUAAAUAUAAUAAAUUUCAUAUAUUUUUCUUCAAAUUUCAACGUUUUUGUAAACCGGUGUAUACCAGUAUAUGUGUAACUUAUUCUAAUGUUGUGGACUAUCAAUGGCAAUUUGGGUAUGGUCUUUUUGAGGAUCUGUGACGCUUGGUGUUAGCUAUUCAAUUGACCAGGCACAUGACAGUUGGUGAAUUGAGUGCUCUAUACUCUUUAGUAAAAAAAGCGUCAAUUUCACUCAAUUUUUAUAUUAAAAAUUGUUUUUCUCAUCUGAACUUUUCAUGGAUUUUUGUUUUCUUCAUAACCUUUCAGGAUGAUUUAUCAAUAGAUGAUGAUUUAAUUCCAGUAACAAAUCCAGGUAAAAGAAUUUAUUUUUAGCCUUUUAGACUGAAUAGUGCAGUGUUUCAUGCUCAGACACCUUAAGUUUACAUAAUUAGGUAAAGGUAAUGUCUAUAUGCAAGCCAGGUGACCCAUCCAGCUGGCCUUAGGUGACCCAUCCAUUACUCCCCUGGCACUUUUUCAAAGUUUCAUAGAUAAGAUAAGAUAAUCCAUUUUUAUGACGGAGAGAGGGAUUGUGAGAAUAAAAAUUUAUUAGGCAAGCCAGGUAUCAAACCCCAAUCUCUUGACCCAAAGUCCAGUACUCUAACCAUUAACAAUUAAGAUAAGUAUUCUGUUUUAUGUUAAUGUAAUGUCUGUAGGCAAGCCAGGUGACCCACUCAGCCAGAGCUUAUUCUGGUUACCGUAGCAUGAAGCAAUUAGGAGUAUUAUCACUCCCUCCUGUAUGGGAUGGCAUUUGUUGCAAAAGUUACCCCCUGGCAUUUCAUGAAGCUUCCCUGAUAAUUUUCCAGUACCCUUUUUUUACUCCUGGGUGGAGCGGGGCACUGUGAGAAUAAAGUAUUUUGCCCAAGAACGCAGCACAUUGACCCAGCCAGAUAUCAAACCUAGACCUCUUGACCCAAAGUCCAGUAUUCUAACCAUUAAGAAUUAAGAUAAGUAUCCUGUUUUAUGUUAGAGUUUUAUUAUACAAUUUGUGACCCCACAUUCCUUUGUGUUUAACAUCAAACAGAGCAGUGGAAUGAUUACCUUCAUGAUGGAGAGGAUGAUAACGAGCUGCAAGAUGCUUACAAGUACUAAUUUCCAGAUCAUUUUGAGGGAGAUUUCAGGUACGUAUUAUUCAGAAUAAUGAAUUUUAACUUCUUUGCAGAUUGCCACCCUAAAUCCUUUAAAUCCCAAGAUGUGAAAGGUUAUUCUUCACAGCAAUUUUCUUACAUUCCUUUUGUGUCGUCUGUUCAUGACAACUUGGGUUUAUUUUCUAACAACAUUUCCUAGAUGAUAAUUGGCAAUUUUCCUUUUCCUGUGUGCUUGAAACGUCAAACAGAGCAGUGGAGUAAUUACUUUGAUGAUGGAGAGGAUGAUAACGAGCUGCAAGAUGCUUUGCAUUGAUGUUAUGUUCUUUAGAAACUGGGAUAACUUUCAGCAGAUGUACCAGUCAAUUUCUCGUCAAAGUUAACAUCUUUGAUUACUAUGGCCCUCGCUUCGAUCACAUAUCUAGAAACUUGGAUACAUUGAACAAAACAGGAGGUUAAAAAAACAAUACACUCUCUUUUGAUUUCUAACUGUAAAUGUAAGAGUUAAGUUUAGACUUAACACAAAUGAAAUAAAAUGCUAGAUUGUAUUAUAUAUACGUGAACUUAUUAUAGGUUUGUUACAAACCCUUUUUUAUGUCUUCAGAAGAUUCAUUUAUUUUGUAGUCACAACUGUACAAAGUCCGAAUGUGAAUUGUAAUUCGCCAGUUUUGUAUGCUAUUUGUAAUAUAUCUAAAUAAAGCUUUUGGGAACAAUUCCUAACAUAGUUAUUGUUACUCUGAAAUCUUUGCACGGUUUUCCUUUCAUAG